UUUCCAUCGUCUUCUGCUGUUUGUCGUUCGUGUGUAUCUCUGCACUUUUAUUGUAGUGUGAAAAAGAAUUAUUGUUAAUUUAUUUAUUUAUCCAUUCCUUCUCCCUGCACAAACAUCAUACGAUUAACGAACGAAUUAUUGAUCAAUAGUUUUACGUCGUCUUCGAAAACGAGCCCCUUGAAUUCAGUCAGUUACCUAAAGAGCUGCAAUAUUGGAGAAAAACCAACUCAAGUGGGUGGAUAAUCUUUUCUUUUACGUUCCCAAAUUUGUUUUAUGAUUUAAAAUUGAAGAAAAAAGCACCUGUUUUUCGGUUUCUCUAUAUCACAAUCCCCCUGCCCCUUGUGCAUUUGUGUAACUAGAGCAACUUUGUGCAGUAAAAAACCAACAAAAUUACGUAACUUAGGAAAAAUCAAAGUCAAUUAAAAAUCAACAUCAAAUUUCCAAAAUGGCACAAAUUGAUCGCAUCAAUGUAGACAAGCCCCUAUUCGACCUGAAUACGUUUACCGGGCGGUUUAAGCAUUUCGCAUGGAUGACUGAUCCUCGAACUGUUGUGGUGUCAAGUGAACGCUUAGUCGAAGCCAAAACACUUGUCGAAAAGUAUCGUCUGGGACAGGAGCCAGCUGGAACUUCAAAGGACGAUGUUCGCUAUGCUAUGAAAUUAUACACUUCGGCAUUUCAUCCAGACACUGGUGAAUUGCAGAACUUCUGUGGACGCAUGAGUUUUCAGGUACCCGGUGGUAUGCUGAUCACUGGAGCUAUGCUCCAGUUCUAUCGUACAGUCCCAGCUGUAGUCUUUUGGCAAUUCGUCAAUCAAUCAUUCAAUGCUGUUGUCAAUUACACCAAUCGCAAUGCCAACUCUGCCACAACUGUAACUCAACUUGGAGUAGCCUAUGUGUCUGCCACUACUAGUGCUUUAAUUGCUGCCAUCGGAUGCAAAAGCUAUUGGACAAAAAGAGCUCCACCAAUAUUCCAACGCUACGUUCCAUUUACAGCAGUUGCUGCUGCCAAUUGUGUUAACAUCCCAUUUAUGAGACAAAACGAAAUUCUCCAAGGAGUCGAUGUUCAGGAUGAGAAUGGAAAUGUCGUGGGCAAGAGUCGUGUCGCAGCUGUCAAAGGCAUUUCUCAAGUUAUAUUCUCAAGAAUUGUCAUGGCCGCUCCAGGAAUGUUGGUUUUGCCAAUAAUUAUGGAGAAAUUGGAGAAAAUUCCAGCAUUUAAGAAGAUGACAUUUUUACAUGCUCCAUUCCAAACAACUAUGGUUGGUUGUUUCCUCAUCUUUAUGGUUCCAACUGCAUGCGCACUCUUCCCACAAAUGUGCUGCAUUAAAACUUCCACAGUUAAACGUCUAGAACCAGAAUUAUAUGAAGACAUGGUCAAAAAUACCAAAGAAAAUGUUCCAGAAAGAGUUUACUUUAACAAAGGAUUGUAAAUCAAUUAAACUAAAACUAUGAAUGACAAUAACAAAAGGAAAAGGAAAACAGAAUAAUCCUCAUAAAGUAGCAAAAGUAGGACUGUAAUUUAUUAGUUACAUAGUAAUUUUAAAAACAUUAUCGUGUUAGCAUUUAUUUUAGUUUUUGUUUGAGAAAAAGACAUCCGAUAGUCAUAGGCAUUUUUAAUUGUUUAGUUUUUAAGAUCAAAGUUUUUUUUGUUUUGUGUGUGAUUUUCGUAUAUUUUAUUAUUUGUGUUCUUUGUUCCUGAAACUUUAUAAACUACUCGUAGAAAAAAAGUGAUCUUGUUUUCAGUAUUUUGCAAAACUUAUUAAAAUAAAAUUAUAUAAACAACUUAACUUUAUUAUAUCACAAUGAUGCAAAAUGUUUUAAAGGUGUUGGCUGUUUAGUGUUUAUAUUUUUUGUUUUAUGUUUAUUUUCUUAUAGUAGAUUAAGAUAUAAUAAAACAUGUUGAAUAGGUGAGAUUAAGUUACAAAACAGACGAAAAUAAACAUUCAAUUACUGCCGUGGAAA